CAGUCUGAAAUUUGAGGAAGCUAGCUGCACGGUACAUGCAGGCAGAUGUUUUCUUUGCUUGCGUUCUUCUUCUGACCUCUUUUUUUCUUUCUCCCCAGACCAUUUUUAACUCGAGCUCCUUCAGAUACGGCUCUGCAAGAGACUCUUCUUCAGCACACUUAGUGGUUAAUGACCGGCACGACUGAGUAAAUUAUGUUCCUGGUGGCACUCCACCUGACAAGUCUCUCCGUGAUACUGUGGCCCGGCAGCAGCGUGGGUACACCCCAUCCUUUUCAAAUUUCGCUGGAAGGGAGUGGAGAUGGGGAGGAGAAUAGUAACUUGUUCCCAACCCUUUCAUCGCUGGCCACCCGUCAUCCUGCCAUGGAAUACAACCCCAAACACGGUGGACGCAGCAAUUUAAAUACAGAAUUCCUGAAUCAAGUUGUAAAAUUCCUGCAGGAGAACCUGUUUCUCAUCGUUGUUGGAGCUACCCUUCUCAUCAUUGUCUUCCUCAUUAUCAUUGGUGCGGUCCUCAUUCAUUGCAGGCAUAAAGUUAAUGCCUACUACCCUUCCUCCUUCCCCUCUAAAAUGUAUGUGGACCAGAGGGACAAAACUGGCGGUACUAAGCCCUUUAUGGAAGUGCCAGAGAAAAUCUCUGAUGUGCAGGAAAGUGAGGAAAUCGAUGCCGGUAAGAAGCUCCAGGCAGACAUAAUGAGGGCUGCUAAGGGCCUUCGGACACUGAACAAGUUGUUUGACCCCUAUCAGAAAACAGCGGAUGAAGAUCCUGAAGAUACCCCUGGUAAAGAUGACAGUAUUCCUGACAAAAGGAUGUCAGAUCUGCAUGAUCACAAGGAGGUCUGUCAGCCCUCAGACAAUGAAGCAGCUGCACUGACCAGCAAACUUCCAGAACAGGCACAUCUUGAGGAGGAGGAGGAAGAGGAGUCAGAUGUGCAUCCAGCUGACGCGGGUCCAUCUCUGGGACCACAGAGCCACAGGCCUUUAUCACAACAUAUUUACAGUGACUCUGCAAAGCUCCAGCUAAUCACAGGAGAGAAAACUGCAUUCUAACUCCCGAGUACAGUACUAUGUAAGCAUUUCUUUCUGGUACGAAUCCACUAGUGGCAAUCUUUAAAGUCAAUUAUUAAAGUUUUGCAUCAAUUUCCUGCUGGAGACAAAGAUACCACAGACGAGGUAAUACAUCUGUUCAAUAUUAGAAAAACCUAUUUUGCUCUGUUCUAGAUGCAUCCCAUCAAUGCAAAAUAAACUGUCAGGGUUAUCUUUAACUUAUGACACAAGAAUAUUUUUUUCUACUGGGGUUUUUUAAAUCAUUCAACAUAUAUUCUGAAUAUCUUUCUUGUUUUAUAAGCCCGUUUUUGCAGUUAAACAUCCUAGGUUUUACACCAAGCUGCUUAUGGAUAAGGUUGAAAAAGCAGCCAUCACACUUGACACCCAUUAUGCCUCUACAUCAUGUUGUUACACAUCACAUCAAAUGGAACCAUGCAGACAAAUACCCACAAACUCCUUAAGAUAAACACAAGUAGCGGUCUAUUCCGUUGCCUAUCAACACAGGAAUCGCCGGUUCAAAUCCCCACGUUGCCUCCGGCUUGAUCAGGCAUCCCUACAGACACAGUUGGCCGUGUCUGCGGACGGGGAGCCGGACGUGGGUGUGUGUCAUGGUCGCUGCACUAGCGCCUCCUCUGGUCGGUCGGGGCGCCUGUUCGGCGGGGAGGGGGAACUGGGGGAAUAGCGUGAUCCUCCCACGCGCUACGUCCGCCUGGCGAAACUUCUCACUGUCAGGUGAAAAGAAGCGGCUGGCGACUCAACGUGUAUCGGAGGAGGCAUGUGGUAGUCUGCAGCCGGCAGAGGGGGUGGAGCAGGGACCGGGACAUAGACUACAAAAUCUGAUCGCUAUCAUUUGACAAGCUGUAAAUAAAAUAUAACAAGGUGGUGCAACCCUGGGCUCUGAACACUAAAACGCUGAUAAAAGUUAUUCUGGACACUGUUGGCAAUGCGCAAAACUACAUCUGAUGUCAAUAAAACCUUUCUUUA